CGUGAUUGACAGAUCACGGAUGACAGAAAGUCGAAACUCGAAUUAUAUUUUUUGUGAAAAUGCCUUUUUGACGAGAUUUGCCGAUAAAUUCGAUUAAUUAAUUUUUAUAAACAUGGGCGGUUCGCAAAGCAGUCGAAAGUUAAGUGUAGACAACGAAAAUGCCAUACAAGUCUCUCAAGAGGCUUUAGACCGCAUACAAGACCAGCUGAAUGCACGACAAGCUGAGCAGCCACAGCCAAAACCUCAGUAUGCUCCACCACCAUUUUACGAUACAUUGAAACAACAAGAGUAUGCAGCAGAGGAAGCCUACUGGGCCCGUCGUAUUGAAAAUCUAAAAAGGGUGCAUGAGAAAAUCAACAGUGGUAUGCACAUAGAGUAUCAGAAAACAUUAAAAGAAGCAAAUGAACUAUUUAAUAUGGUACAAGCAGACAAAGUUGUCAACAAAUUACCUCCAUGCCAAGAAGAAAAAGCAAAGAUGUUAGAGUGCUAUAGUUCGAAUCCUGACAAAUCCCUUUUGUGUUCAGUGCUAGUGAAUGAAUUCAAUGACUGUGUCUGCAGAAGCAGAAUUGCUGCCGUCUCCACAUCUUGAGUUACACAGAUUUGUAAAUAAAUAUCUAGUAAACAAUUCUGACAACAUAAUAUAACUUCUAAAUGACAGGUGGUUCUGUGAAGUAGUUUUAUUUAUAUUAUCGCUGUAUCAAAUAAAUUGUUAAUUUAAA